AUGAAUCCGAUAUUGAGUAAAGGACAUAAAAAUCCUCUGAAGUUGGAUGAUGUACCAACCCUUCCUCUUGAUCACCGAGCUGAAAGAAUGUCAGAUAUCUUCGAAACUUAUUGGCCUCAACCACAGGAGGAUUUGAAGCAUCUAGUGGGAGUCACAUUACUCAAGUGCUUCUGGAAGGAACUUGUUUUCACCGGCUUCCUUGCAGUGGUUAAGUCAAUAGCAUUGUAUAUUGGUCCUGUCCUCAUUCACGGUUUCGUUGAUGUGACAGAUGGACAGGGAAGCUCGGCAUACGAAGGAUACUAUCUGCUUUGUAUUCUCCUGAUUUCGAAAACAAUUGAAGUCCUUAGUACCCACCAUUUCGAUUUUCAUUCUGGAAAACUUGGGAUGUUAAUAAGAUCAAGCCUCAUGACUACUGUGUUCAAGAAAGGUCUUCGAUUAUCAUGUUCCUCUAGGCAAGCUAAUGGGGUUGGAAAGAUUGUGAACCACAUGGCUGUAGAUGCUGACCAGGUGGCUGAAAUGAUGUCAAACGUGCAUGACAUAUGGUUAAUGCCUUUACAUAUUGCUCUUGCUUUAGUCCUAGUCUAUGCUUACAUGGGAGUCUCCACAUUUGCAGCAUUAGCUGCAGUUGUUGCAGCUUUAACUUAUUCUGUGAUGAGUACCCAUAAGACUAACAGUUACAUGAACAGUGUGAUGGAAGUUCGUGAUGCCAGGAUGCGAGCGACAAAUGAGAUGCUUAACAAUAUGCGUGCAAUCAAGUUCCAAGGUUGGGAAGAGCAUUUUAGCAAGAAAGUCCAAUCUUCUAGGGACCAAGAGUGUAGUUGGCUUAUCAGGUUCAUGAACACUUCAUCGGUUACCCUGGCUGUGAUAUUUAAUGCUCCUUAUGUGAUAUCAGCUCUCACUUUAUCAGCUGCAAUAUUGUUAGGUCUCACCCUUGAUGCAGGGACGGUAUUCACAUUAAUAACACUGUUAGGAGUAUUAGAAGAGCCGAUUCGCACCUUUCCAGAUGCGUUAAUCUCCUUCUCCCAGGCAAUAAUUUCUCUUGAAAGGUUAGACCUUUACCUGACUAGUUCCGACUUGGAUGGAUCAGUGGAAAGAGAAGAAGAAUGUAGUGAUAAUUCUAGUGUGAAGGUUCAACAGGGUAAUUUUUCUUGGGAUGAUAAUGGUGAUGAGAAAAUAUUGAUUGAUAUAAAUUUGGGGAUCCAAAAAGGGGAGCUUGUAGCAAUUGUUGGGACUGUAGGAUCGGGAAAGUCUUCCUUAUUGGCUUCAAUUCUUGGUGAAAUGCACAAAAUCACAGGGACGGUCUUGGUCAGUGGCACUACUGGGUAUGUGGCACAAACUCCAUGGAUCCAGCAUUGUACAAUUGAAGAAAACAUAUUGUUUGGUUUGCCAAUGGAUAGAGAAAGAUAUCAGGAAGUGUUGAGAGUUUGCUGCUUAGAGAAGGACUUGGAAAUUAUGGAGUUUGGCGACAAGACUGAAAUUGGUGAGCGAGGAAUCAAUCUCAGUGGUGGUCAGAAGCAACGGAUACAGUUGGCCAGAGCUGUGUAUCAAGAUUGUGAUAUCUAUUUUCUUGAUGAUAUAUUUAGCGCUGUUGAUGCUCAAACUGGAUCCGAAAUCUUCAAGGAAUGUGUGAGGGGAAUCCUUAAAGACAAAACUAUUUUACUAGUAACCCACCAAGUGGACUUUUUACAAUAUGCAGAUCUCAUAAUGCUGAUGCGAGAUGGGAUGAUUGUACAAUCUGGGAAGUACGAAAACCUUCUGAAAUCUGGCAUGGAUUUUGGAGCUCUUGUAGCUGCUCAUGAAAACUCCAUGAUGUCAGUAAAUAUGAACAACUCCACAACUGGAGAGUAUACUCAACAAACACAGCAGAGUUCUGAAAAUUCUUUGGUCCAAGUAAAACCAAAUGGGGAAAGCAUUCAUUCGGAUCCUGAAGAUGGAUAUUCUGAAUUCUCUUCUGAAGAUGACUACUCAAAGCUCAUUGAAGAAGAAGAAAAAGAAACUGGUCAUAUUACCUGGGAACUGUAUACGCAGUACUGCACCAAAGCAUAUGGAUGGUGGGGAGUAGCUAUCAUGGUACUAGUUACUCUUAUGUGGCAGUCAUCUCUAACGGGCAGCGACUAUUGGCUGGCAUAUGAAACCUCUCCUGGUCGUCCUUUUACCCCUUUGAUAUUUAUUAGUCUAUAUUGGGUCAUUAUAGGGGUUUCUUGUCUAUGUAUUCUGGCUAGGGCAUACUUUGUUUCACAUUUAGGUCUUGCAAUUGCACAACGUUUCUUCAACGAAAUGCUCCAAAGCAUUUUGCAUGCCCCAAUGUCGUUCUUUGAUACCACUCCUUCCGGAAGAAUCUUAACUCGAGCAUCACAUGAUCAAGAAAAUGUUGAUGUCUACAUUCCGUUGUUCUUUGGCUUCACAGUUAUGAUGUACUUUACCCUGUUCAGUGUUGUCCUCGUUACUUGUGUCUUCUCUUGGCCAACUGUAUUCCUCUUGAUUCCACUGUUUUGGCUAAAUAUCUGGUACAAGGGUUACUACCUUGCAUCAUCUCGCGAACUGACUCGGUUGGAUUCUAUUACAGAAGCACCAAUUAUCCAUCAUUUCUCAGAAACAAUAUCUGGUGUGAUGACAAUUCGUUGCUUUAGGAAACAAGGAAUGUUUUGUCAGGGAAAUAUUGACAGGGUAAAUGCAAAUUUGAGAAUGGAUUUCCAUAACAUUGGGGCUGCUGGAUGGAUGGGCUUCCGGUUGGAAUUGCUUGGAAGUUUGAUAUUUUGCAUUGCAACAUUGUUCGUGAUCAUUUCACCAAGUGCUAUAAUAAAACCAGAACUUGUUGGCAUGUUUCUUUCCUAUGGACUUCCCCUCAAUUCAGUUCUGUUUUGGACCACCUACAUGGCUUGUUUUCUCGAGAAUCGGAUGGUUUCUGUCGAGAGAAUAAAGCAGUUCACUGAUACUCCAUCAGAAGCACCAUGGUGGAUCAUGAAUUUCAUUCCGGACCCUAAUUGGCCCAGCCAUGGCAACAUAGAGCUGAAGGACUUGCAGGUUAGGUACAGACCAAAUACACCCCUGGUUCUGAAAGGAAUAACCCUCACAAUUCUUGGAGGUGAAAAGGUUGGCAUUGUGGGGCGCACAGGAAGUGGGAAGUCAACUCUCAUUCAAGCGUUCUUCAGGCUUGUCGAGCCUUCAGAUGGGACAAUAACCAUUGAUGGCAUUGACAUCACCAAGCUAGGCCUCCAUGAUCUCAGGUCCCGUUUGGGAAUCAUUCCACAAGAACCUGUCCUCUUUGAAGGGACAGUGAGAAGCAACCUCGAUCCAAUUGGAUUGUAUUCGGAUGAAGAGAUAUGGCAGAGCCUCUACCGUUGUCAGCUUAAAGAUGUGGUGACUGCUAAGCCUGAAAAACUCGACGCUUUAGUGGCUAAUGGUGGAGACAACUGGAGCGUUGGACAAAGGCAACUUCUUUGCUUGGGUCGACUUCUGCUGAAGCACCAUUGUAAGGUCAUAUUCAUGGACGAAGCUACGGCUUCAGUUGAUUCCCAGACCGAUGCUGUGAUUCAGAGGAUCAUUAGGGAGGAUUUUACAGCCUGCACAAUCAUUAGCAUUGCUCACAGGAUACCGACAGUCAUGGACUGCAACCGGGUGUUGGUUAUGGAUGAUGGGCUGGCAGAGGAAUAUGAUGAACCAGCUGCAUUGCUUGAAAGACCGUCGCUGUUUAAGGCACUGGUCCAGGAGUAUACAAGGCGAUCGACAGGGUUUUGAUUGGUAAUUAACUCUAAUUAUAUAGGUAGGUUCAAGACGGCUACCUAUCCUUGGAGAAUUCAGUUCCACAAACCCCGUUGUUACUCCUCCAUGGAAGGGACGUAGGUAGAUAGAUCCAUCAACGCCUUUGUUUUGUUGACUCCAUUUGAGAAGAAAUUUUUGUCCAUGUUUGUGAAGAACCUUUAAUGUUUGUUCAACUUUUGCCUUCACAAGUUUGAUUUCAGUCAUAUUAUGUCUAUGUAAUUGCAGUUGCAGAUAGAACAACCUAUUAUGGUCUACUAAACUACAUGCAUUUUCGAUAUAUUUCCAGG